AUGCAGGAUAUAAGGAAUCAGAUAAGUCAAAUGGCCACAACAAUCAACCGUUUGGAUUCCCAGAACCAAGGGAAGCUGCCAUCUCAACCUGAGUUGAACCCGAAGAAUGUGAGCGCCAUGACCCUAAGAAGCGGGAAAGAAAUUCAGGGGUCUGAACCUGUGAUCCCUAAGGAUAAGGAUGAGGAAAAGAUCGAGAAUGAGCUUGAAAGGGAGGAUAGCAAUGGUGCAGAUCUAAAGGUACUUCCUGACCCAGUAAUUACAGUUAAAACUAACCCGCCUCCUUUUCCUGGCAGGUUGGAAAAACCAAAGAAUCAGGAUAAGGAAAAAGAGAUUUUGGAGGUUUUUCGCAAGGUUGAGAUAAAUAUCCCCCUGUUAGACGCGAUCAAACAAGUACCAAAAUAUGCCAAAUUCCUAAGGGACUUGUGUGUCAACCGAAGGAGGUUGAGGGGAGAUGAACGGGUCAUUGUUGGGGAGAAUGUGUCAGCAGUCCUGCAGAGAAAGCUUCCACCAAAGUGCGGGGACCCAGGUAUGUUUACUAUCCCCUGUAGGAUAGGGAACACUGUGAUUAGAAGGGCCAUGUUGGACUUGGGAGCAUCAAUUAAUGUCAUGCCUAAAUCUAUAUAUGCUUCUCUAAAGCUAGGUCCAUUAAAAGAAACUGGAAUAAUCAUUCAAUUAGCUGACCGCACUAAUGUAUAUCCUGAUGGGUUGGUUGAAGAUGUGUUGGUGAAAGUUAAUGAUUUGGUGUUUCCAGCUGAUUUUUAUGUACUUGAUAUGGAUGAUGAUCACUCCCCUGAUCCCUCACCGUUGUUAUUGGGUAGACCCUUUAUGAGCACAGCACAGACAAAAAUUGAUGUUAAUAAGGGUACCUUAUCCAUGGAAUUUGAUGGGGAAAUUGUGCACUUUAAUAUCUUUGAUACUAUGAAAUAUUCCUCAAACUCCAACUUUAGCUUAGUUUUUUCUGUGAGUGCUAUUGACCCUGCGGUGCAGGAAGUAUUUGAAAUUGUUGGCAGGGAUGAGUUGGAGGUAGCUUUGACCAAGCACCUCGAGUUGGAAACGACUCCUGAGGUGGAGUGGAAUGAAGAUCUAAAAUGCACAAUAGGUGCAUUACACUCAUUGCAGACCACCACGAAAAGGUAUGAAGUCUUACCUAUUUUUACUCCCGAACCUCACCAGAAGGUAUUGCCAUCUGUGGUGCAGGCACCUGUACUGGAGUUGAAACCUCUACCAGAGCACCUGAAAUAUGCAUAUCUGGGUGAUAAUGAGACACUCCCGGUGAUUAUCUCAUCGGCACUGUCAAAAACCCAGGAGGAGAAACUGAUCCGGGUCCUUAGAGAGCAUAAAGAGGCGAUAGGUUGGACAAUUGCGGACAUUAAGGGGAUCAGCCCGGCCAUCUGUAUGCACCGGAUUAGGCUAGAAGAGGAUGCCAAACCUGUUCGACAGGCUCAAAGGAGGCUCAAUCCCCUCAUGAUGGAAGUUGUAAAAAAGGAAAUUUUGAAAUUGCUAGAUGUAGGGAUUAUUUUUGCAAUAUCAGAUAGCCCCUGGGUGAGCCCGGUCCAGGUAGUCCCAAAGAAGGCAGGAGUGACGGUGGAGGCCAACCAAACGGGUGAGCUCGUACCAGUACGCAAGCCCACUGGAUGGAGGCAUUGUAUAGACUACCGUAGGCUAAACGCCGUCACAAAAAAGGACCACUUCUCUCUCCCUUUCAUUGACCAAAUGGUUGAACGUUUAGCUUGUAGGGCGUACUAUUGCUUUUUGGAUGGGUUUUCAGGAUACUUUCAGAUAGCAAUUGCCCCAGAGGAUCAAGAGAAGACAACCUUCACGUGCCCGUUCGGGACCUUUGCCUAUAGACGAAUGCCAUUUGGAUUAUGCAAUGCACCUGCAACGUUCCAGAGAUGUAUGGUAAGCAUCUUUUCUAAGUAUGUUGAGAAAAUAAUAGAGGUUUUCAUGGAUGAUUUCAGUGUGUAUGGUGAUAGUUUUGAUACGUGUCUAGAUAACUUGAAAUUGAUCCUGAUAAGGUGUAUAGAGACUAAUCUCGUGCUUAAUUGGAAAAAAUGUCAUUUUAUGGUUGAGCACGGGAUAGUCCUGGGUCAUAUUGUAUCGUCUAAGGGCAUUGAGGUUGACAAGGCUAAAAUAGACGUUAUUUCUGCAUUGCCUUACCCCGUGAAUGUGCGGGAGGUGCGUUCUUUUCUUGGACAUGCAGGUUUUUAUCGAAGGUUCAUCAAGAACUUUUCAAAAAUUGGGGCCCCGUUGUUCCAACUCUUGCAAAAGGAUGUAGCCUUCGAGUUUGAUGACAAGUGUGAGAGAGCCUUCGACAAAUUGAAGGAAUUGUUGACUUCACCCCCAAUCAUCCAGCCCCCUGACUGGAGUUUACCAUUUGAGAUCAUGUGUGAUGCCAGUGAUCAGGCUGUAGGGGCAGUACUGGGGCAAAGAGUAGGAAAGGCGGCUCAUGUCAUCUAUUACGCAUCCCGGGCCUUGAAUGGAGCCCAGUUGAAUUAUUCCACCACUGAGAAGGAGCUUCUUGCGGUUAUUUUUGCUUUAGAAAAAUUCAGGUCAUAUUUGUUAGGAGCUAAAGUAAUUGUAUUUUCUGAUCAUGCAGCAUUAAGGUACCUGAUGACCAAGAAAGAUGCAAAGCCAAGGCUCAUCAGGUGGAUAUUGCUACUACAGGAAUUUGACCUGGAAAUAAGGGAUAAAAGGGGCUCAGAGAAUUUAGUAGCUGACCAUCUGAGUCGUAUACCCGUUGGAGAGGAUAAGGAACCAUUGAGGGAUGCAUUCCCUGAAGAGCAUUUAUUUUCCUUACAUUCUCAAUUGCCUUGGUAUGCUGACCUGGUCAAUUAUUUGGUAACUGGUAAUUUUCCUGCAGGUUUGCCAAAAUCGAAGAGGGAUAAAUUGAAGAGCGACGCCAAGUAUUUUAUCUGGGAUAACCCGUACCUGUGGAAGAGGUGUGCAGAUCAAGUAAUGAGGAGAUGUGUAAGUGAAAUGGAGUCAUGUGAUCGCUGUCAAAGGGUAGGUAAUAUAACCCGUAGGGAUCAUAUGCCCCAAGUCCCGAUGAUUUUUGUAGAAAUUUUUGAUGUCUGGGGUAUAGAUUUCAUGGGGCCUUUUCCUACUUCAUUUGGUUUUCUGUAUAUUUUGCUGGCAGUUGAUUAUGUGUCCAAAUGGGUGGAGGCUAAGGCCACUCGGACUAAUGACUCGAAGGUAGUUGCAGAUUUUAUUAGAUCUAAUAUUUUUGUACGAUUUGGAAUGCCAAAAGCCAUUGUCAGUGAUAGGGGGACGCACUUCUGCAACAAAACCAUAGCUGCGUUGUUUCGCAAGUAUGGUGUACUCCACAGGGUCUCGACAUCGUACCACCCUCAGACCAAUGGUCAAGCGGAGGUAUCAAACCGGGAGAUUAAGUCCAUUCUGGAGAAAAUGGUGCGCCCUGAUAGGAAAGAUUGGAGUUCAAGGUUGGAAGAUGCUUUGUGGGCAUACAGGACCGCUUACAAGACGCCUAUAGGGAUGUCUCCCUAUAGGUUAGUAUUUGGUAAGCCUUGCCAUCUUCCAGUGGAAUUCGAGCACAAGGCUUUUUGGGCGAUAAAGCAAUGCAACAUGAACCUAGAAGAGGCCGGUGCCCGACGGAAAUUGGAUUUACAGGAGUUGGAGGAGAUUCGCAAUGAGGCCUAUGAGAAUGCGGUAAUUUAUAAGGAGAAAAAUAAGAUUUUUCAUGACCAACAGAUCUCGAGGAGGACAUUCGACUUGGAUGGCUUUUCAGGUUACUUUCAGAUCGCGAUAGCACCAGAAGACCAGGAAAAGACUACAUUCACAUGCCCAUUCGGUACAUUCGCUUACCGCCGGAUGCCUUUCGGUCUCUGCAAUACUCCAGCAACCUUUCAAAGGUGUAUGGUAAGUAUUUUCUCCGAUUAUGUAAAAAAAAUUAUUGAGGUGUUCAUGGAUGAUUGUAGUGUAUACGGAAAUAGUUUUGAUGAAUGUCUUGAUAAUUUAACUCUAAUUUUAAAAAGAUGCAUAGAGACGAAUUUGGUUCUUAACUGGGAGAAAUGUAACUUUAUGGUAGAUCAUGGCAUUGUCUUAGGGCAUGUUGUGUCAGCUAAGGGGAUAGAUGUAGACAAAACUAAAAUAGAUCUUAUUUCUGCUCUGCCUUACCCCGUAUGUGUAUGGGAAGUGCGUUCCUUUUUAGACCAUGCAGGAUUUUACAGGAGGUUCAUCAAGGAUUUCUCAAAUAUUGGAGCACCCCUGUUCAAGUUGCUGCAAAAGGAUGUGAUAUUUCAGUUCACUAAUAAAUGCAAGGUGGCUUUUGAUAAACUAAAGGAGUCGUUGACAUCGCUGCCUGUCAUUCAACCACCAGAUUGGAGCCUACCAUUUGAAAUCAUGUGUGACGCUAGUGAUUAUGCCGUAGGGGCCGUGUUGGGGCAAAGGAUAGGAAAAGUGGCGCACGCAAUCUACUAUGCAUCGAGAGCAUUAUAUGGUUUCUCUGGUUAUUUUCAGAUAGCAAUUGCGCCAGAGGAUCAAGAGAAAACAACUUUCACUUGCCCCUUUGGCACUUUUGCCUAUCGAAGAAUGCCUUUUGGAUUGUGUAAUGCCCCUGCAACAUUCCAGAGGUGCAUGAUUAGCAUUUUUUCUGAGUAUGUAGAGAGAAUAAUUGAGGUAUUCAUGGAUGACUUCAGUGUCUAUGGUGAUAGCUUUGACGAUUGCUUAGAUAACCUGACAUUGAUUUUAAAAAGAUGCAUUGAGACUAACCUGGUGCUAAAUUGGGAAAAAUGUCACUUCAUGGUUGAGCACGGGAUAGUUCUAGGACAUGUAGUGUCAUCUAGAGGAAUUGAAGUUGAUAAAGCUAAAAUAGAUGUGAUAUCUGCUUUACCUUACCCCGUAACUGUACGGGAAGUUCGUUCUUUUCUAGGGCAUGCAGGUUUCUAUCGCAGAUUUAUCAAGGAUUUCUCAAAGAUCGGGGCACCACUUUUCAGGCUUUUACAAAAGGAUGUCAGUUUUGAAUUCGACGAGAAAUGCGAAGAAGCGUUCGAGAAGUUGAAAAAAUUACUCACUUCGCCACCUGUCAUCCAACCCCCUGACUGGAAUCUCCCAUUUGAAAUCAUGUGUGACGCCAGCGAUUACGCAGUGGGUGCGGUACUAGGUCAAAGAGUGGGAAAGGCAGCCCACGCUAUAUACUACGCAUCUCGAGCCUUGAACGGAGCCCAAUUGAACUAUUCGACCACCGAGAAAGAGCUCCUAGCUGUAGUUUUUGCUUUAGAAAAAUUUCGUUCCUAUUUACUUGGUGCUAAAGUUAUUAUUUUCUCUGAUCAUGCAGCCCUGCGGUAUCUGUUGACCAAGAAAGAGGCAAAACCGCGACUGAUAAGGUGGAUAUUGUUGCUACAGGAGUUUGACUUGGAGAUCAGAGAUAAGAAAGGGGCAGAGAAUUUGGUAGCAGAUCACUUGAGUCGGGUACAAGUCACCAAGGACGAUAUCCCGUUGAGAGAAACCUUCCCUGACGAGCACUUAUUUUCUGCUAAUUUAAUUUUGCCCUGGUAUGCAGAUAUUGUUAAUUUUCUAGUUACUGACAAGUUUCCUGCAGGAUGGCCUAAGGCAAAAAGGGAUAAGUUAAGGAGUGAAGCAAAAUCUUACAUCUGGGAUGACCCUUACCUCUGGAAACGUGGUGCCGACCAAAUCAUUCGCAGAUGUGUGAGUGAAAAUGAAUUCCAGUCUAUUUUAGCUUAUUGUCACUCUUUUGCAUGUGGAGGUCACUUUGGACCAAAGAGAACUGCUCGUAAGGUUUUAGAGAGUGGAUUUUAUUGGCCGACCCUCUUUAAGGAUACCUACCUAUUUUGUAAAUCAUGUGAUAAGUGUCAACGAGUAGGUAAUAUUUCUCGAAGGGAUCAAAUGACCCAGACCCCAAUGAUUUUUGUUGAGAUUUUUGAUGUUUGGGGUAUUGACUUUAUGGGCCCUUUUCCUUCAUCUUUUGGUUUUUUAUAUAUAUUGCUUGCUGUAGACUAUGUCUCGAAAUGGGUGGAAGCAAAGGCCACCCGUACUAAUGAUUCCAAAGUAGUUGCAGAAUUCGUCAAGUCCAAUAUCUUUGUCCGAUUUGGGAUGCCGCGAGCAAUUGUAAGUGAUCGGGGUACCCAUUUCUGCAACAAGACAAUUGCUGCACUUUUUAGGAGGUACGGUGUCUUGCACAAAGUCUCCACGUCUUACCACCCGCAGACAAACGGUCAGGCGGAAGCAUCGAACCGGGAGAUCAAGUCAAUUUUGGAAAAGAUGGUUCGACCCGACAGGAAGGAUUGGAGUAUAAGACUUGACGAUGCCUUGUGGGCAUAUAGAACGGCGUACAAGACGCCAAUCGGCAUGUCCCCUUACCGUUUGGUAUUUGGGAAGCCAUGCCACCUCCCUGUCGAGUUCGAGCAUAGAGCAUUUUGGGCGGUCAAGCAAUGCAACAUGGAUAUCGAAGAGGGCGGAAUUCAAAGGAAGCUACAGUUACAAGAAUUAGAGGAGAUUCGCAAUGAAGCCUACGAGAAUGCUGUGAUUUAUAAGGAGAAAAACAAGAUUUUUCAUGACCAACAGAUCUCUAGGAAGACGUUUGAAUGUGGACAAAAAGUUCUACUGUAUCACUCUAAAUUGAAGUUAUUUCCAGUGGAAAUCCAGAGUCUAAAGACGGAGAAGAAAUUUGUGGUGAAUGGUCAUCGCCUCAAGCCAUAUUAUGAUGAGGUUCCAGUUGAGCGGGUAGAGAUGAUGCAUUUGGAGGACCCAAUUUGCUUGGUUUAA